AUGAAACGCAAGCACCAGGGAGAAGUUACAACAACACACAGGCCCCUACACAGCUUUUUUGGGCCAAGGAACACCGAACAGCAAUUUUCUAAUCCACAUAUCGAUGAUCAGCAGGAUAGAGAAACCGGAGAUGAGAAAGAUGGCAGUGAUGAUAUAAUUGAAGACGAUUAUGAUUCUUUUGAUGAAAUAUUCAUUCAUCAUAUUGUGAAUGAUAGAGACACAUUGCAAGGCGACAGCCAAGAUCAUUCACUGAGAAGUUGGCAUUAUAAAGACCGACCACCACGCUUACCAUGGGCACAGCAGUUUCCUCCAAGUAAUUUAGACGAAUUGGCUGUCCACAAGAAAAAGCUCUCGGAUGUUAAGGACUGGCUAAUCAGUGCAUUUGCGAGGAGGGACCGACAGCUACUUGUUCUCCGUGGUCCUGCAGGAAGUGGUAAGACAACUACACUUUCAUUAUUAUCAACGACGUUGGGUUUUCAAAUAUUGGAAUGGAAGAACCCUUCACCGUCAGAAUUCGCCACCAAAGCGCAUGUAUCAAUUGCUGCUCGUUUUGAUGAAUUCCUGGAGCGUGGGAAGGAGUUCCGGGGUCUUGAUUUAGAUGGGGAGACCAGUUCCUCCGAGGCUAGGGAUACUUACAGCAAUGCCUACUCUUCACCGCGGCGUGUCGUUCUCAUCGAAGAAUUCCCAGCGCUUGCAGGCCCAUCAACCAGUCUGAACUCGUUCAGACUAACUGUUUUACGGUAUCUUGCCAUGGUGGCGCAAGAUAACCCUUACCAUGAGCCUGACACUCUACGAAGCUCUCCAAUUGUUAUGAUAGUGUCAGAGACGCUUCUUGACUCGAGGUCUUUCUCGCCAGAUAACUUAACGGCGCACAGGUUGCUAGGCCCAGAACUUUAUAACCAUCCGAGGACGAGUAUUAUUGAUUUCAAUAGCAUAGCCCCGACUAUCAUGUACAAGGCUCUGAAAUUGGUUUUAGAAAAGGAGGCCUAUCUUUCCAAGCAUGAAUACUUUCCAAGCUCUGCCAUACUGCACGCCAUUUCUAAGACAGGGGACAUUCGAAGUGCAAUUUCAUCACUGGAAUUUCUUUGCAUGAAUCAUGAAAGAUUCAAGAAGCUGGCAUGUCCGCCUUCCAAAAGAGGGCUUUCCAAAAGGGCUAUAACACCUCUUACACCUCCUGAAAGAGAAACCUUGGAGGCAAUAACACAGAGGGGAACAAGUGUCGGGCUGUUUCAUGCAAUUGGGAAAGUUGUGUACAACAAACGUGUCGAUCCAGGAUCAACUGGAGGUACUCAAGCUGUCUUGCCCCCAGGGCACUUGAAACACUAUGGGCGGCCACAAUUAUCCCAAGUAUGUGUCGAUGAACUUGUGGACGAGGCUGGAAUCGAUAAUCAAACCUUCAUUAGCGCUCUCCACGAAAACUAUGUUCCGUCAUGCAACAGUCUAUCAUUCACAGACUGCCUGGAUGGUUGCAUUGGCGCCUUGUCAGACAGCGAUGUGCUGUCUUCCGACACAAGAGGACAAGGCAGGUUGGGGGGGCAAGCUGUGGGUAGAUCUAAUGCCGGAGCAGAUUCCUUGCGCCAAGAAGAUAUCAGUUAUGAAGUUGCUACUCGAGGUAUACUGUUUGCCCUUCCGUACCCCGUGAAGAGGUCAACGUCAUCCAAAGACUGCCCAAGCCAUACAAAAAGCGCGUAUAAAAUGUUCUUUCCGGCUUCAUUGCGACUGCUUCGUGAUAUGGAAGAGAUACAGGAUCUCAUAUAUUUAUGGUCAACCAGACUGUUAGACCCAUCCAGAAUGUCAAUUUCGGGCGCCAUGGCCAGUGUUGGGGUUGCUUUAGCUGAGGAGAGUACGAGAGCUGAGAGGACCACCGAGUUAGGCAAUUGCCGCAGGGAACCAACUGCGGCUGUCACCAUGAUAUCACGCAGUGAUCUCAUACUUCAUCAACUGCCAUAUUUGGCUCUACUAGCCGGCAACCCAGGACAUUUGAAAGAACUCGGGAAAAUCACCAGGCUCGGCGGAACAGAAUCCCAGAGCAAUGCCUCAGACAACGAGGUUGUUGACAAUUCGGGCGAGUUGCCUUCAGUGGCAUCUAAUAUCCGGCGGAAGCCUGCUCCGUUAGAGAACCCUUCGCGAAUUAGUCGUCGGCGCAACAGCAAUACUUUUGGUCCCCGCCUACCGCCAGCUCCUGAAGAGGAGAGGCUUGUUCUGAUUGACGAUGAUAUUGUAGAUGAUUAUUGA